AUGGCGAGUCUGGCUGAAACGCCACUGGUCUCAACGAUGACUGAAAAAGGAUUAAACGAUCUGACCCAUGAACAAAUUGAUGGUGUACAGGAUGGCUGGAUAGCAACCACCGAGUGGGUGGAGUCGUGGAAGAACAAACUUCCACUCCAAACGGUCAUGAGGUUAUUGCAGGUGCUUGUGCCGCAGGUUGAGAAGAUUUGCAUCGAUAAGUAA